AUGCAUCAAACAGGGUCUGAAAAUUGGCCGUCCAUGUCGGCAGAGCAAGUGCCGUCGGUGCCCAGCGGCCCCAUUCUCUAUACUUCCUACAACACCGAUGUUCUGGGACGUCGCACGGACGACCUUUUCUCGCGCAGGAGUCGGCGUGUGCUUCUGCUCUAUGUGGGUGGGACAAUCGGGAUGGCGCGGUCGCCGGCGGGGGUGCUGGAGCCGUGCAAGGGGUACCUGACGCAGGUGGUGCGAGGGAUGGGGGAGCUGCAGCGGCGGCCGGAGAUUGCCCCGUUUGACAUUAUUGAGUACGAUGAGCUGCUCGACAGCAGUGACAUGAGGGCACACGAUUACCUGCGCAUUGCCAAGGACGUGGCUCGCCACCACGACGAGUACGACGGUUUUCUGGUGCUCCACGGGACAGACACGAUGCACUACACCGCCAGUGCACUGAGCUUCCUCCUGAUGAAUCUCGCCAAACCCGUCAUCAUGACGGGCUCCAUGGUGCCAUUUUUUGAGCCGUACACAGAUGCCCGGCGAAACAUGGUGAUCGGCCUCAUGUUGGCGUCAAAUCCCACCAUCCGCGAGGUGUGCAUUUUCUUUAAUGAUUGCCUGCUGCGUGGGAACUGUUGCACCAAGCUGCAUCACACAUUUGGUGCCUUCUGCACCCCAAAUUGCCCUCCGCUUGGGGUGGUGGAGUCGACAGGCUUCCACCUUCGCAAGCACCUGCUGCUGCCGCAGCCAUGUGGGCCACUGCGGGUGCUGUCUGAUAUGCGAGGGAACGUGGUUGUGUUUGCGAUGUACGCCGACUGUGAUAUAAAGCAGCUGCUUCAGCAGCUGCUGGGGGGCGAGCCCCAUGCCCCGACACCGCCUGCCACGCAAGAAGAAAUCCCCACCAAAAACGCUGAGGAGCAAGAUGGGUGUGGGACGCGUCACGAUGACGCAAAGCAAAAAGAUGCUGCGGCUGCCGUUGGGAGCUGUGAUCAGGGACGAAAGUCUGAUACCACCAUCACAAACCCGCAGCCAAGGAAACUGAUAGAUGCAGUGUUGCUUGAGAUCAGCGGUGUUGGGAGCACGGACAGCGAUGUCUCAUUGGCGCUACGGGAGUUGGCAAAGGUGGCUAAAGCAAAUGAUAUUGUCCUGUGUGUGACGACGUUGGAGCCCCAUGGAACCCUCUCAUCCGCCGAAAUUGGUCGGCUGCAUAAAAUAUCACCAGAUCUCAUUUAUCUGUAUAUGACAACUGCCGCGGCGGAAAUGAAGCUGAUCUAUUUGUUUGGGAAGGGUCUCUCGCCGGACACCGUGAGGAAAAUGAUGCCCCGCAACCUCCGUGGUGAAUCCACCCCAGGUGAUUCAUUUGAGGCCAAUAUGUAG